AUGAGGUUGGGGGGGGGGGGGGGGGGGGGGGGGGGGGGGGGGGGGGGGGGGGGGGGGGGGGGGUGGUUUGUGACGUACGCGCGCGAGUGCGCAUGUGCAGAUGCCGUAGUCGGCCCACUUCCUGUUGCUGUCGCGUCUCUCAAACAUGGCGUGUUGUUGUCAGUGAAGGAACAUGAAAUUAACAGGACGUGGACAUUAGGACUACAUAAAGUCGUCUACAGUUGGCCUGAAUAUUACACACCGCCAAAAUGCUGUUGUUUUUGGAAAGAUUCCCUUGAGCCUGAUCAGUUGAACAAUGACAUAAGUAACAGAGAAUUGGCCACCACCGUUUUGUGGUACCUUGUUACAGACAGUCUUUUUGUCUGGGUUUUGGUAAACACUUUCUGUUGUUCGUUGAUGUUAGUUGCUAAGGUGAUUCAGUAUGUAGUGUUUGGACCGCUAAGAGUUAGUGAGAAGCAGCACUUGAAAGACAAGUUUUGGAACUUUAUUUUUUACAAAUUUAUUUUCAUUUUUGGAGUAUUAAAUGUGCAGACAGUAGAGGAAGUUGUCAUGUGGUGUUUAUGGUUCUCCGCACUGGUCUUUCUCCACCUUAUGGUCCAGCUCUGCAAAGACAGAUUUGAAUAUCUGUCAUUUUCACCCUCCACACCCAUGAAUAGCCAUGUGCGAGUGUUGUGUCUGCUAGUCUCUCUGCUCUUGGACUGCUGUGGACUGGCUGUUGGCUGUGGACUUCUUGGUGCUUCCCAUGGCAUGCACACUCUCUCCUUCAUGGCAGCAGAGUGUUUGCUGGUGACAGUCCGUACUGGUCAUGUCAUAAUGCGCUAUUCAAUUCAUUUGUGGGAUCUUAGCCAUGAUGGGACUUGGGAAAGUAAGGGAACGUAUGUCUAUUACACAGACUUCAUCAUGGAGUUAGCUAUGCUUUUCCUUGACCUUAUGCAUCACAUCCAUAUGCUGCUUUUUGGUAACAUUUGGUUGUCAAUGGCAAGUUUGGUCAUAUUUAUGCAGCUGCGCUAUCUAUUUCAUGAAGUCCAGCGCCGCCUCCGCAGACAUAAGAACUAUCUACGUGUCAUAAACAACAUGGAAGCCAGAUUUGCUGUUGCCACUCCUGAAGAGCUAGCUGCUAAUGAUGAUGAUUGUGCCAUUUGUUGGGAUGCCAUGGUUACAGCUCGUAAACUUCCUUGUGGACAUCUCUUUCACAAUUCAUGUUUGCGUUCCUGGCUUGAGCAGGACACGUCGUGUCCCACAUGCAGAAAAUCAUUAAACAUAAAUGGUGAUGGAGUUCAAACAAGAGACCAACAGCAAGGUCCAGCUCUGGAGGACAACAUGGGAGCUGCAGGGCCGGCUGUAGAGGCCAGACCACACAUUAACCAACAUAACCACUUUUUCCACUUUGAUGGGUCCCGCAUUGCAAGCUGGCUGCCAAGUUUUUCUGUUGAAGUUAUGCACACAACAAAUAUAUUGGGUAUUGCUCAAGCAAACAAUUCCCAGCUGACAGCGAUGGCCUAUCAAAUUCAGGAAAUGUUUCCACAAGUGCCCUUGUACUUGGUCAUGCAGGACUUGCAGCUGACGAGGUCUGUGGAGAUGACGACUGAUAAUAUUUUGGAGGGUCGCAUUCAAGUUCCUUUUCCUACACAGGCCAUUGAACGAGGUCCACUACAGGGGAACAGCAGCUCUGAGCCACAAGGUGAGUUUAGUGGAGCCGUAGACCAGGCUAGUACAGAGCCAGAUAAUAUUGAGGCCAGAGGGGGGCGCUUUUCCAAAUCUGCUGAUGAGAGACAGAAGAUGCUAAAACAGAGGAAAGAAGAAAUGCUUCAGGAAGCUCGCAGGAGAUUCUUGAACGUUGGUUCUGAAGAUCAAGGUUCUUUUGGAGGUAUGCUGAUGGACGAGACUCCCCUCUUUGACCCGGCCCUGCUUCAGGAGUUAGACUGGAGUAAUAACGGCAUCUCCUUUUCACCGUUCAUCUCUCCAUCAAAGCCUGGAGAGGGACUUAUACUCCGGCCACUCUGCAUAGCAGACUUCAACAGAGGCUUUUUCAAGGUUCUCUCUCAACUUACCCAAACCGGUGAUGUCACACCAGAGCAAUUCAUAAAAAAGUUUGAUCACAUGAAGAAAACUGGGGACUACUAUGUGAUAGUAGUGGAGGAUACACAUCUAGGGCAAAUUGUUGCUACAGCUACACUUAUCACGGAGCACAAAUUUAUACACUCUUGUGCAAAGCGAGGUCGAGUGGAGGAGGUAGUGGUAACCGAUGUAUGCAGAGGAAAGCAGUUGGGCAAAUUGCUGGUCGCCACUCUAAUACUACUCAGCAAAAAACUGGAAUGCUAUAAGAUCACACUGGAAUGUGCACCUAAAAAUGUCACCUUCUAUGAGAAGUUUGGCUACAAAGCUUCAGAUGAGACUUACAUGCAGUGUAGGUUUUUUGACUGA